AUGUUUUUUGACGAUUACGAAAUCGAUGAAGUAUUAAAAGAAACAAUUAAAGAAAAAGACAAAGAUGAGUAUUAUUCUUCAGCUGAUGAGUCAGAACAAGAAGAAGUUGUGAAAGAUAAAGAGGAGAAAGUGAAAGAACAAACGUUGUCGUCGUCAUCAUCAAAGAAAAUCGUUUGGCAAGAUUCAGAUGAUGAAAACAUUACUGUUUCUUUGAAAAAUCAAAGUAAAAUUCGUAAAUUACGUGAAACUGAAGAAGAGGAUUUGAUAUCAGUGAAAAAUGCAAAUCAACAAGAUUAUUCAAAAGGGGUAAUUGAAAUAGCAAGUUUUCAUCCUACUGCACAAGUAUUGAUGACGGCAGGUUUAGACAAGACAAUUAGAUUGUUUCAGAUUGAUGGUAAAAUAAAUCCCAAAAUUCAAUCAACAAUGUUUAAAGAUUUACCAAUAUUUAAUGCAGCCUUUAAUCCAAGUGGUGAAGAUAUUGUAGUAACAGGUAGAAAAAAACACUAUUAUAUUUAUAAUAUUGAAAGUGAUGUGAUUGAAAGACCUAGAGAUAUUCAUGGAUUUAAAGAUAAAUCACUCGAGAAUUUUUCAAUAUCACCAUGUGGAAAAUAUAUUGCAUUUGCCGGAAAGAAUGGAUACAUAGCAUUGAUAAGUUAUAAGACAAAACAAUGGAUUACCAGUUUGAAAGUGAAUGGUUUAGUAAAGUCAAUUGAUUGGUCUAGUAAUGGUCAAUAUUUAUUUUCUCUUAGCAGUGAUGCUGAAAUUUAUCAAUGGGAUGUUGGUAUGAGAAAAUGUAUUUAUCGUUUUUUGGAUUAUGGAGGUUUUAAACCUACAAGAAUAUCCAUAUCAAAAAAUGAUUGUUAUUAUUCUAUUGGAUCAAGUACUGGUGUUGUAAACAUUUAUGACAAAUCAUGUUUAACCAUUAAAGAACCAAAACCUUUGAAAUCUUUUAUGAAUUUGACAACUUGUAUUCACGAUAUGAAAUUUAAUCAUGAUACACAAAUAUUAGGGAUUUCUAGUCAUUCAAAGAAAGAUCAAUUAAAAAUGAUUAUACCUCAUACAAUUACUAUUCUAGAUACAACGUUUUUGGAUGAUGUUUUAUCUGUUGAAACAGAUUUUACUAGGAAAUUAAAUCUACUUAAAGAUAGCCUUAAGAAAAAGAAUAAUAGCAAUAAACCUGAAUCUACUAAAUAA